GGGCUGAGCGCCCUGACCUAGGACUGCAGCCCGCGUGGGGCCCUGCGUGGCGCUGAGCCGGGGACCGUGGAGCCGGGGUCUGAGCGCAAUCUCGGCGCGUCCAGCCGCCCCUCAGCCCGUGGGGGCGUGGGCUGCCAAGGACGGCGGUCGUGUAUCUCGGCGGCUGACGAGGAGGCUGAGGGACUGCCGAGUGACUGUGAGCCGGGGAGCUCUGGCAGCCUGGAUCUGUGCUUCUCUAUAGAGGAACCCUGAGAACUGAUCCGCUUGCAAGUCUAAAACCAUGGCCCUUGGAUCAGUGACAUUUAGGGAUCUUGCCAUAGACUUCUGUCAGCAAGAGUGGGAAUGUCUUGACCUUACUCAGAAAACCUUGUACCGGGAUGUGAUGAUGGAGAACUAUGCUAACUUGCUCUCACUGGGAUAUUCCAUUUCUAAGCCUGAUGUAAUCACAUUAUUGGAACAAGGAAAAGAACCUUGGAUGAUUGUAAAGGAAGAAAUAAGAUGGUGCACAGAUUUGGAGUCAAGAUGUGAAAUAAUCAACCAUGGAAAAGUCCAUAUCUAUACAAAAUGUCCAUCUGUUACUCUAAAUCAGGAAAUUCUUAACAAAGAGAAACUCUAUGAAUGUGACAAAUGUGGGAAGGCCUUUACUCAUCAUACAGACCUUAUAGUACAUCAGAAAAUUCAUGUUGGUGAAAAACUCUACGAGUGUCAGCAGUGUGGGAAACUCUUUAAUCGUGCAUCCAACCUUCUGCAGCAUCAGAGAAUUCAUACUGGUGAAAAACCCUAUAAAUGUGAAGCAUGUGGAAUGACCUUUAGUCGUAGUAUAGACCUUAGGGUUCAUCAAAGAAUUCAUACAGGUGAGAAGCCCUAUGAAUGUGAAGAGUGUGGGAAGGCCUUUAGUCGUGCCUCUUACCUAACUCAGCAUCGAAGAGUUCAUACUGGUGAGAAAUCCUACGUGUGCCAUGAAUGUGGGAAGGCGUUUAGUCAACGUGGAGGACUUAAAAUCCACCAGAGAAUUCAUACUGGGGAGAAGCCCUAUGAAUGUAAGGAAUGUGGAAAAGCUUUUAGUCAAGCCUCUUACCUUAUGCAACAUGACAGAAUUCACACUGGAGAACGACCCUAUGAGUGCCAUGAAUGUGGGAUGACCUUUAGUCGUGUUAUAGAUCUUAGAGUACAUCAUAGAAUUCAUACUGGUGAGAAACCCUAUAAAUGUAAAGAAUGCGGGAAGGCUUUUAGUCGUGCUUCAAAUCUUGUUCAACAUGAGAGAAUUCACACUGGGGAGAAGCCCUAUGAGUGUAAAGAAUGUGGGAUGACCUUUAGUCACGUCUAUCAGCUCAUUCCACAUCAGAGAAUGCAUACUGGUGUGAAACCCUAUGAAUGUAACGAGUGUGGGAAGGCUUUUAGUCAUGCCUCAGUACUUAUUCGACAUGAGAGAAUUCACACUGGUGAGAAACCUUAUAAAUGUAAAGAAUGUGGGAAGGCCUUUAUACAUGAUGGGAGCCUUAGGAUGCACCAGAGAAUUCAUACAGGUGAGAAACCCUAUGAAUGUAAAGAAUGUGGGAAGGCCUUGAGUUGUAUCUCAAGCCUUGUUAAGCAUCAACGCAUUCAUACUGGUGAGAAGCCCUAUGAAUGUAAGGUUUGUUUUAGGGCCUUCACGCAUGUUGAAAGUCUUAGGGUGCAUCAUAGACUUCAUACUGGUGAGAAACCCUAUGAAUGUAAAGACUGUGGGAAGGCUUUUAGGAGUGGCCAUCAACUUGUUAUACAUCAUAGACUUCAUACAGGUGAGAAGCCCUAUCAAUGUAAGGAAUGUGGGAAGGCCUAUAGUGUAUAUGGAAGACUCACUCGACAUCAGAGCAUUCACAGUGGUCAGAAGCCUUUUGAAUGUAAGAACUGUGGGAAGUCUUUUAGCUAUAAUUCAAGUCUUAAAGUACACCAGAAAAUUCAUAACCGAGAGAACCUUUAAGGAUGUAAACUAUGUGGCGAUGCCUUUGGAAGUCAUAGCUACCUUGCUCAACAUAGUGGAAUUCACCUUGGUGACAAACCAUAUGAAUGUGACGAAUGUGGGAAAGCUUUUAUCUGUUUCUCAACAUUGAUUCAACACAAGAGAAUUCAUAGUAAUGAGAAACCCUAUGAAUGUCUGGAAUGUAGGAAGACUUUUAGGCAGAGUGCAAAUUUAACUAGACAUCAAAGAGUUCACACUGGUGAGAAGCCCUAUGAAUGUAAUGAGUGUGGGAAGGCCUUUACUUGGCUUUCCAACUUGAACAAACAUCAGAGAAUUCACAAAGGUGAGAAACCCUAUGAAUGUAAGGAUUGUGAAAAGGCUUUUCUCUGUUAUUCAACCUAUAUUCAACACCAGAGAACUCAUACUGAUGAGAAGCCUUAUGAAUGUCAGGAAUGUAGGAAGGCCUUUAGGCAGAGAGGACACCUUACUCAGCAUCAGAGAAUCCACACUGGUGAGAAGCCCUAUGAGUGCAAGGAAUGUGGGAAGGCUUUCGCCUGUGUUUCCUAUGUCAAUAGACAUCAGAGAAUUCACACUGGUGAGAAACCAUAUGAGUGUAAAGAAUGUAAGAAGUCCUUUAUUGAUUGUUCAACUCUUAUUCAGCACCAGAGAAUUCACACAGGUGAGAAACCCUUUGAAUGCCAGGCAUGUAGGAAAGCUUUUAGACAGAGGGCACACCUUACUCAGCAUCAGAGAAUCCAUACUGGUGAGAGACCCUAUAAAUGUAAGGAUUGUGGGAAGGCCUUUACCUCUGUUUCACAAGUGAAAAAGCAUCAGCGAAUACACAUAUUGAGGUGAGGAAUUCUAUGUGCUCCUAUUCGAGUAUUGUCCUUUACUUAUUUAAAAGUCCCUACUCAACAUUACCAAAUUCAUAUUGGAAAGGAACUCUACAAAUUAAGAAAUGACGGAAACACUUUUAUCUGUCCCUCAGCUAUCCUUUUAAAUAAAGAAUUUGUGCUGGUGAGAAGCCUUAUGAAAGUGAGGUAUGUAUAAGACCUACACUUACACCAUAAUGAAUAUUAUAGAAUUUAUGAUUAAUAUAGGAAACCCUUGAUUUUAAUUAGCUAGUAUAGGACAGCAAACUUAGAAAAUCCAGUGACUAUAAAUUUCUUCUGCUUUAUAACUUAUAAUUCAUUAUCAGAAUCUAUACAGGAAAGAGAUAAAAACACUAAAUAUCCUGUUACCACUGAAACAGUCAUACUAAUAACUAGAGAAUAACCAUGUUGACUUUCUGAAUGUAGAAAACUUACCUAUAACAUUAGUCUUUUGCGACAUCUUUGUAGCUUAACCAUUUGCCACCUGUAUUUUAUUGCCAAGUACUUUAAACUGUCAGGUUACUGACUUUCAGCUUAAUGGCAAAUAGGAACUAUUUGGUAAAUGGUAGCUAUCAUCAUUAUUUCUUUAUUAGUGUUUUUGGAACAUUCAUGUAAGAUUUAAUCCUGUGAAUAAUAUAAGGAAAUCUACCAUCCCAACUUAUCUAAUAUCAAAGCUAUGAUCAUUUAUUCUGGAGCAAAAAUUAGAAUGUAGCAAGUAUGAGGCAAUACUCAUUUAAACUUAUGUAAGUUGAAGUCACAAAAAUCACUUUGAGAAGACACUACGGAUUUAUUAAAUGAAUCUUUAAGAAUAAAGGUGAUAUGAGAAGUAGUAAGUCUAUAGAUUUCAAAAAGCAAUGUACAUUUUCUUACAAUAACUCAAGACAAUUAGAUAUGAAUGAAAGAAGUUUUAAAGAAACUUUGUAGUUAAGAACACUACUUAUAUACAACUCUGGACCAAGUGAAGAGUACAGUUAGGCUGUUUAGAUAUGAAAGAUGAUGAGUGUUCUAAUAACCCAAGAUAUAUCUAGAUGAUUUGAAUAAAUAUUCAAGCAGAAAAGCAAUAAACCCAGAACACUGGAACUAUAUUACGUAAAUCUGCUUAUUCAGUGAAUUUAAAUGCAUGACAGAGAAACUAAUGAAAUGACUAAACAGUGGACUUUAUGUAGAAGCUGUUGCAAACAAGCAGAUAUAUAGAUUAGGUUUUGUCUAGUAUGAGCAAAAUAAAUAGGAGAAAUGAGACAAAUGCAACAAUGCAAAUGGGAAGGUGGAAUAUUUUCAGGCAGUAAGUUUUUAAUAUUGUGAAAUAUUGUUUCAUAAUAUUUCCAUUUGAAAUAUCUAAACUUUAUUUUAUAAGAAUAUGUAAAUGUUCCUGAUUCACGAACCUAGAGAGAGUUGAAUCAAAGUCCUUGUCUCCUUCAAAGGAACUGAAGAAAUUUUCAAUUACCUUAAAGAACAGGAGGUUGCAUUUUUAAGGAAAUUUUGAGAGGAAAGAAAAUUGUAAAAAGUUUUUCAGUUCUUUCUACAAGGUUAAGUGACCUUUGCAAAAAAAUAAAGUGGACAAUGAUAGCAUCCCAAGAUGGAAGGGAAAAUUCAUCAAGUAAAAUUAGAAUGCAAGUAAGGGCAGAUAAUGGACAUAAAAUAGGCAAGUUAAAAGGAAAUUAAAUAGGGAGAGAACCUUCUUAGUAACUAAGAAAAACCUGUAUGGACUGGUUAUUAUAGUUGAAAGGAAUUUUUUCCUUAAAAUAUUAUGCUAUUUGUAAGUCACUUAUAAUUCCACAAAAGGAUUGAGAUUAGAGGAUGGAAAAAAGAUGUGCCAUUGAGAUGCUGGCCAAGGAAAUUUACUCCCAACCAAAAGAUUCAGGAUAAGCAAUACAGUUACCAUGUUUUUAAAUAACACCUGAAUAACCGUUGGUUGAUGAAAAUUAUCACAGUGGAAGUGAAUUAAAAAUAGUGGGAAAUUUGCACUUUUGGUAACUUAUGGAAUACAGCUAUAGUGUCUAGUAGGAAAUAAUUUCAACAAGCUGAAAUCCAUGAAGCAGUUAUCCACUUGAAAAUGGUAGAAAUUUAAGAUGUAAAAGUGGAGAAUACUAGCAAAAACUGAGUUGGAAUUAAAAUGUUCUAUAACCUUUUAAAGUCACAGUUGGCAGAUAUUGUAAUUUUUGAUUAUUAAAUUCUACAAAUUCUUGAAAAAUGUGAUUCCCACGAGGGCGUCUCAGUAUAGAAAGUGAGGUGUAUAAAGGAUGUACAGACAGCUUCCUCAUUGUAUUCUGCCUGCAUAGUGUUAUCUUGGAGUCAUAUACCACAGUUAAUGGAAUCAGUGCCCUUAUUGAGGUACCUGUUUUUUAUCCUUUGAAAUAAAAAUGAGACGACUAUCCUUGUAUAUAUUACCUAGUGUCUGUAUGAAAAUAACGUAUCAAAGGUGUAUCUGCCGUGAGUUUGCUGGGUCAGUGCCUAUGUGCAUUUUUAGUAAGGCCAAAUUGCCUUUGUUUAGUUCUACUAAUUUACAUUCCUCCCUACAAUGUAGUAGAAUACCCAUUUCUCUAUAUAAGGGGUUUUCAGAAAGUUCGUGGAAAAUGUGUAUUAUGAAAAAAACUAUGCAAGAAUUUCAAAAAAAAAUUUUUUUUGCACCAAAAUAAACUUUAAUUCCAUUUUUCCACAAACUUUUUGAAUUACCCUUAUACUUACGCUAAAACGGUUUUGUAAACUCUAAUUUUUGCUGGUCUGUUAAGUGGAAAGUGUUACGAUACUUUUAAUUUGCAUUUUUAUAACAUGUAGUUUGCAUUUUUCCCUACUAUGCAUUUUCUUAUUUGUAAAUACUAUUUAAAUUUUCUGUGAAAUGUGUUUUAAUGCCAUUUUCUGUUGAGUGGUAUUUUUCUAAUUGCCUUUUAAGACCUCCAAAUAUGAGACGUUAACUUUUUCUUCCCAAGACUUUGUUACUUUUUUCCAUUUAGAAAUUUGUAAACUUAGCAAUUUGGACUUGUUUGGCUUCUGGUUUUGGUGUUAUGUUUAUGAAUCAUCUUUUCUACCCCACUAUAUUUUUAAAUUCCCUGUGUUUGCUUCUCUUAUGGUUAUGUUUUAAAAUUUAAGUAUUUGCUUAGCCAGAGUUUGGAGGUCUUACACUGAGUUAGGCAGGGAUACAGUGUUAUCAGAUGGUCACCCAGUUGUCUCAGUACCAUAUACUCAAUAAUCCAUCUUUGUCCUAUCACUCUUAAAUGUAAACUUUACAAUAAGCUAAGUUCCAGUAGGUAUUUGGAUUUAUUUUUUGCUUCUUAUUUUAUCCUGUUGAUCUGCCAAUUUCUUCUUGUACCAUAAUCAAAUUUAUUUUGAUGUCACAGCUUUAUAAGAUGUUUUGAUACCUGGUAAGUCUAGGUUCACCCCCUUUGUUACCCUUAUUUUUGCUUAUCUACUGUUCCACCUUAACUUUUCAGAUGCCUUUGUGAUUGUAAAUUCCUGCUGGAAUAUUUUUUACUUUAAAAUUAAAACCAGAAAUGACUAAAAUUAGAAAUGAGUAAACAUCAUUCUAUAUAGAAAUUUGCUUGCCUGGCUACAGUGGAAAUAUUCGCAUGUACUUGAAUAUUUUACUCCUCUGUGCUGUCUUUUUUAUUAUAGAUUUUACAUUUACUCAUUGGAUAAUUCCUGUAUAUUACCUAUUUGUUACUUUCUUUAAAGAGUGUUUUUUCCUCAUUAUAGUUUGAUUGCUUGCAUUUGGGGUGAUCUACUUCUGGGUAUAUUUUGUGCCCAGUUGACUGUAGUGUCUAGUUUUUUGUUAUCUUUAACGGAAGAUUUUGGACUACUAUAUAUAUUACAUGUAGAAAAUAAUUUCUUUACCUCUUCCAGCGUUUCAGAUCUUUUCCUUUUUUUACAUAAAUAUAUUAGUUAGGAAUGAAGGAUUAUUUAGUA